UUUGCAUUUGACAGCGAAGCCGGUUGUCAGCUGUGUUGUGAACACUGACGUGGUUAAAAGUUUUUCGAUGAUAAACGAUUAUUACUGAAUCAAUUACGACACAGAUUUCUAGUCCUCGGAGAAAUUGCAAAAUUCAAAAGAGAACAUGAGACUGCCAAUUACACUUUUGUGUUUAGUAAUAUCGCAUAUGCGGAUAACUAAUGUUGCUUCAUUGGCGGUUAUGUCAGUAGAUCUGGGUUCAGAAUGGAUGAAAGUGGGUAUUGUCUCGCCUGGAGUUCCAAUGGAAAUAGCCUUAAACAAAGAAUCCAAAAGGAAGACUCCUGUUGUCAUUAGCUUUAGAGAUAAUGUAAGAUUAUUUGGGGAAGAUGCCCAAACUGUAGGUUUAAGAUUUCCAAAGCAGGCAUACAGUUAUUUAAUAGAGUUACUUGGUAAAAGUAUAGAUCAUCCUUUAGUAAAGCUAUACCAAAAAAGAUUUCCAUAUUAUGAAAUUGUGCCUGACACAGAAAGAGGUUCAGUGCUUUUUAAACAGGAUGAACAGACAUUUUACAGCCCUGAGGAAUUAGUUGCGCAGCUCUUAGCUAAAGCAAAAGAGUUUGCAGAGAAUGGAGCUCAUCAACCAAUUAAAGAAUGUGUUUUGACUGUUCCCGGUUUUUUUAACCAAGUUGAGAGGAAAGCCUUGUUACAAGCGGCACAAAUGGCUGGCCUCAAAGUGCUGCAGCUUAUCAAUGACUAUACAGCUGUGGCCCUCAAUUAUGGCAUUUUCCGUUCAAAAUCGUUUAACGAAACAGCACAAUAUGUCAUGUUUUAUGAUAUGGGUGCGUCUUCCACUACCGCCACCCUCGUCAGUUACCAAACAUUAAAAACAAAAGAGAGAGGUUACGUCGAAACAAACCCGCAGGUUAGCGUUCUCGGUGUGGGAUACGAUCGAACUUUGGGAGGCUUGGAAAUCCAGCUGAGACUGAGGGACUACUUAGCCACGAAGUUCAAUGAAAUGAAAAAGACACCAACGGACGUCUUCGAAAAUCCCAGGGCUUUGGCUAAAUUGUUCAAGGAAGCCGGCAGGCUGAAGAACGUUCUGUCGGCUAAUGUGGAACAUUACGCCCAAGUUGAAGGAUUGUUGGAUGAACAAGACUUCAAAUUUUUGGUUACCAGAGACGAUUUGGAGGGAUUGAUAAAAGAUUUGUUUGAUAGAGUGCCUAAACCAGUUGAACAAGCUUUACAGGCGGCCCAUUUGACGUUGGAUGUUAUUAAUCAAGUUGUAUUGGUUGGAGCAGGUACAAGAGUUCCCAAAAUUCAAGAAGUGCUGCAAAAAGCGGUUAAUCAAGAGUUAGCGAAGAAUUUAAAUACCGAUGAAGCCGCUACGAUGGGUGCCGUGUAUAAAGCAGCCGACCUAAGUACUGGGUUUAAGGUGUCUAAAUUUAUAACCAAAGAUGCUGUUCUUUAUCCUAUUGUGGUUACGUUUCAAAGAGAUGUUGGGGACGGUGUCAAAACUGUUAAACGCACACUCUUUGGUCUCAUGAAUCCCUACCCUCAAAAAAAAAUCAUAACUUUCAACAAACACGUCAGCGAUUUCAACUUUAUCGUGAGUUACGGCGAAUUGGAGCAUCUGCCCGGAAACGAAAUUCUCAAUCUUGGGGCCAAAAACCUCACAGAGUACAAACUGACUGGGGUCGAAGAAGCCAUUAAGAAAACUUUGGGUGAAAACAUGGAAAGUAAGGGAAUUAAGGCUCACUUUAAUAUGGACGAGUCCGGAGUUUUGCAUUUGGCAAAUGUAGAAUUGGUGGUGGAGAAAACAAUUUUGCCAUCCGAGGAAGACGAAGGAACUUUGUCGAAAAUAGGAACGACGUUCAGCAAAUUAUUUGGUGGUAAAGAAGAGAAACCGGAACCGGAAGAAAAUCCUCCAACGGACGAGAAACCAGUCCAUGAAGUGCACGAGGAAGAAGCGAAGCAAGAAAACGUCAAAAAGGAAAAUUCCACCUCGGAUGAAAAGAAACCAAAUACUAUGGAAUUUAAAAACAAUACGGGAGCGCAAUCACUGAAAGAAGAAAAACCAAAAAUCGUCACCGUAAAGGAGCCCAUACAGUCGUCGGAAAUCAUUCUUUCAUUGGGCGUGUUAGGCAAGGACCAAUUGGAAAAAUCACUGGAAAAGAUAAAGCUUCUCGACGAUAUCGAACGCGAUAUUAACAGAAGAGCGACGGCUUUAAACAAUUUGGAGAGCUUCGUUAUCGACGUACAAAAUAAGUUAUAUGAGAACGAGUACAGUGAAGCCGGCACGGAAGAGGAAAUCGGAAAAAUCCGCGAUGUUUGUGCCCAAAUCUCUGAUUGGUUGUACGACGAAGGUUCAGAUGCUGAUGCCAACACUUAUGAGAAAAAGUUAGAUGAAAUUGCAACCCUCACAAAACCACUGUUCAGUCGAGUUUGGGAACACAAAGAAAGGCCUGAAGCACUGAAAGCUUUGCACUCGAUGUUGAAUCAUUCCAGUACGUUUUUGUUGACUGCCCAAAAUUUAACAGCCGAAACUAAUCCUGACAAGGACAUCUUCACCGAUGUAGAAGUGGAGGCUUUGUCAAAACUGAUUGUUGAAACCACAGAAUGGGCAGAGAAAACAGUGAAAGAUCAAGAGGCGUUAAAAAAGCACGAGCCCGUUAAGUUGACGGUAAAGAGUCUCAUGGACAAAAUAGGAGCUUUAGAUAGGGAAGUAAAGUACUUGAUAAAUAAAAUUAGGUUAUUCAAACCUAAAAAACCGGAGAAACCUGCGGAAGAGAAACCGACCGAGGAUACUGGCGUAGCAGAUGAAAAAGUAAACGUCGAAGAGGAAGUUAAGGAAGAAACUCCGACGAUAGAAGAACCAGAAAUAAAUGCGCAGGCAACGGAAAAUGGGGAAGGAGAAAUAAAACCCAGUGCUGUAAAGGACGAUAAAGAUUCUCACACGGAGCUAUAUCAACUUAUUAUUCCAUGGUCUAUUCCUUUCUGCAGUUCGUGCCUGUGCUUGGCUUGGCUUGAUUUCGCCAUUUUGUUUCCGGUUAUUGUCGAGUUGGGCGUCGCUUCGCUUUAUUUUAAGAAAUUAUAUCUUGUAAUCGACAUGGAUAUUGAAAAAGGAGUCAAAGAACCAAAAAAUGAAGACGUUAAAAAAGAAAAGUCGAAUGUAGAUCACGAUGGGGAACCAAGGCAUCAAAGUUUUGGUAAUAGACGUGGAGGCGGCUUUAGAGGGAACCGCUUCGGUGGCAGAGGAGGACCAAAUAGAUCUGGCGAUAGAGAGGGCAAUUUUAACCACCGCAAUGAUGGAGACUUCCAGGGCGGUCCGAGACGUGGGCGUGGCGGUUACCGCGGAGGUCGCGACGGUGGUGGAUUUAACCGGCAAGACGAUAUGGAUCUCGGCGGUAUGGACCAAAGGGGUGGCGGUCGCGGACCCGUCGAUAAAAUUCAAGAAAAACUUAACGCCCUUUCCGGGCCGACGUUCGAUCUGCCUCCGAUCGACAUGAGCGAGAAGAAGUUUAACGGUCGAAACAGGCUAUACGUCGGCAAUAUCGGGAACGAGGUUACCGAGGAAGAUUUGAUCGAACUGUUCAAGCCUUUUGGCGAAACCGCGGAGAUUUUCGUCAACAAGGAAAAGAACUUCGGGUUCGUCAAGCUCGACUAUCACAUGAACGCGGAGAAAGCGAAAAAUCAACUCGACGGUACGGUUUUGAAAGGGAGAAAUUUGAAGAUUCGAUUCGCUCCCAACACCGCCACCAUAAAAGUGAGGAAUAUCACGCCGAUGGUCACAAAUGAGCUCUUGCAUUACGCGUUUAGUCCGUUUGGGGAAAUAGAAAAGGCGAUAGUUUGCGUCGACGAGCGAGGCAAGCCGACAGGCGAAGGCAUCGUUCAUUUUACAAGAAAAUUCUCAGCCACACUCGCGGUUAGAAAAUGCACCGAGGGAUGUUUCUUCCUAACAUCGUCUUUGCAACCGAUCGUCGUCGAACCGUUUGAAGUUGUCGACGACCAGGAUGGCUACUCAGACAAGAACAUAAACAAGCGCAAUCCCGACUUUAUGAAAGAACGCGAACAAGGUCCGAGAUUGGCCCACCCGAAUAGCUUCGAGUUCGAUUAUGGUCAGCGCUGGAAGGCGCUGUUCGAACUCCAUCGUCAAAAGGAAGAGGCGUUGAAGAAGGAUCUGCAACUUGAGAAGGAAAAACUCGUCGCUCAGAUGGAGUAUUCCCGGUACGAGCACGAGACCGAGAUGCUACGGAAUCAGCUGCGGGCGCGAGAAAUGGACAAGGAGAGGCAGAAAAGGGAAUGGGAAAUGAAGGAGCGUCAGGCGGAAGAGGAAAGGCAGAGGACGGAGGAGGCGAUGAGGCGUUCCCAGGAGGAGAUGGAAGCCAGGAUGUUGGCCAGCCAGGAAGAUAUGAGACGAAGACAGCAAGAGAAUAAUUUGUUUAUGCAGGCGCAUAACUUGGAUAGUCUUUUGGAUCAGACUGAGCAGGCCUAUGAUACCCCUUCAUAUGCAGAUGCUCCAGCUGGAGGCGGUGUUGAUGUGGAUCCGAAACAAUUCAUGAGCUCAUACGAGCGACACAACCGUUAUGAGGGACACGAGAAUGUCGGGUCACGUGGUUCGAACGUUGGAGGUAGAGGUCACUGGGUGUCCGAUCGUCGUGACGAUUUUCAGAACAAAAGGCGCAGAUUUUGAAAUACCGAGGAGCCGCCGCCCGUUUGAAAUAUCUGUCGCCGUGUGUAGUUUCGGGCGUUUGCGUGCAACUAUCCCAUUCGCCUUUUUAUUUUAGUUUUAAAUUCUUGAAAUUAAAUACUUAACCGAUAAAUUUCAUUUUUGUCUUGUAAGUAUAUCAUCACGUAAAGUUCGUCUCGAAUGCUCUUCUCCGUUUUAUCCAGGUUGUGGAUAUUUUGCACUACAAACUUUAUUCUCCACAAUAAAAUACGAUAAAGAUUAUCCAGCACCCGAAAAAACGAAUUUUUUAUUACUGGACUUGAGCAGUUCUCGGUUUGAUGAAAUUUUUUCUAGCGUUUGAGACAAUUUUAUUUAAUGUAGGAAGUAUUGAUAAUUGUACCGUUGUAGUAGUUAGAGGUUAUGCCCUAAUCAUCAGUGUGUUUCGUGUCCUGAUUUUACAAGUUGUUUUGUCAUUUAAUUGAUACACAAAUUAAUAUAAAGUAGCAAUGUCUGAUUUAGCUUGAAAAUAAAAUAGCGGCCACAGUAUUGGAUGCAUAUGAUUUUAUUACCUAUAUACUGACGGAGAUUCCUCUAAGCAACCCUAAGAAUCUGAUUUUUAUCUGCUGUUUUCUUUGUAAGUUCAAAAAUCUUGCUGAACAAGUGACUUAAUUAUAUUUAUAAAACGUUCACUUCUUUGAGCUGACUGUUUUUCUGAGGGCUUUAAGUAUUAAUUUCAUACCAUUUUUCUAUCUGUUCCAAGAGCAUAUUUGUUGCUAGGUGGUUUCCUAAUGUUUUGAUUAAUUUAAAUUUCGUCUUGCAAACGAUUUCCGUUUCUGCUUAGAUAGCUACUGAAUUUUUUAAUGUGUUAUGCAACUUCGUGCUACUGGAAUUGUUGAAGUUAUGUCAUUUGGUUUUUCUGUUAGUUUCGAAGCCGUUGAGUUGUGAGGAGCUCAUAAACAGUUUGACUGUUCUCCGUAUAAGGAAGUUUUUAAUAGAGCAAGAGGGACUUCCCGUUGCCUGUUGUUGCAGAACCAAAAGUAUACUGGGUUGCCAAUUGAGGAGAGUAGUGAUUUUAGUUUGUUUAGUUAAUCUCGAUGCGAUUUGUCUACAAUUUAAGAAAUUAAUUUUUAUUUUAAAUAAAGCAAGAGUUAUGAAGAACUUCAACGAAAUAGGACUAAUUUCUUCAAGAGUCGUAAAAUUUACAGAAUGCGGUUAUUUGUACUUUUAGAAGAAAUUUUGAAAAUUGUAAUUUAUUAAAAAUAUAGAAAGUUUUACUUGGGUAAAGUUCAGUCAGAGCAUUUGUGUGGUGCAUCAUAGCAUAACAUCUUUAUUUAGUUCAUGACUUAAUGUCAAAAUGCGCCAAACUUUGGUGAAAAAAAGCAGGACUUGUGGAUUGUUUCACUCUGGAAAAAAAUGCGGCGAAACCGCUUUUACCCUUAAACGCAAGUAUUUACUGUCCAUACUGGAAAUCAUUUUAUUUUUAUGAACGACCAAUUUAAGUUUCUGAAAAUUAUUAAUGAGUUAGGUACUGAUGUGUUAUUGUAGCGUGUUGCUGAUGCAUUCGAUAUGUCUGUAAGAUCGGUUUCUUAACUUGUUUCUGGAGGCAUCAAAACCGUUCAUGAACAUAAAGUUGUUCAAGAACAUGUCGCAGUAGAAUCGUUAUGCCAAAAAUUUUCCCAAAAUCGAGGGUACUGAUGUUUCAAAUGGUUUAUUGAUUCAUGCAUUAAAAAAGUUGAAAUUUUGUUGGAAAAAAUGCAGCAUUUCCAGCAGGAUAUAUGUGAUGGAACCAACCAUACAUUGCUCAUAAACGACUCACAUUUUUGAGAGAAGACCUGAAAUAUCAGGAUGAGGCCUUUUCAUUCAAUUCAGUAUUUUUUAGCGAAAAGUAGAAUUUUUCUAAUCUAUGAACAGAGGUAAAAGUUUUAGUUUUGUACCUACGGACACUCUCAUUUGGUCAAUAGUAAUGGUGAGCGAUGCAUCGAAUAUUUUCACAGUUCUCGAUUUGCAUGAAUCAGUUUUUAUUACCCUUCUUUGCUCUUUGCGUUGUGGAUUUUCGUUUGUGUUGUUGAAGAAGAGGGAGUUUAUCAAAAAUAAACCUACCUAAUGGAUAUUUGUUUUCUCUGAUAUAUUUGAAGCGUUUUAUUUUGUCCGUCGUGUCCGUACGUCUCAAUAAGUCACUAAACCAAGUUGCCAUAAUCUCAUUAUAACAAAGUCGUACGUAAGUACAUGGCCUUUCUUGCGAAUGACGGUUUUAUGACCAUGUUUCUAGUAGGUUCUAUAACACGAUGACUAUCGUCCCCGUUGUAAAACCCAUACAAAAUAGAAAUUAAAUUUUAUUGUUAGAAUUGCAUAUCCGAACGUACCUAUUGUAAACUUAUGAAUUAAUUAAAAUCGGAACGCAUCUAAAAAUGGUAGCAAUAUAGUUAAGACCUACGGAUCAUUUUUGAUUCCGUCACAAUACGUGACGUAACUGCGUAACAAUUCUGACUGGAGUAUAUUCGUUAUUAAUGCUUCGAUAUUUGUUUUAUCUUUUUUUUUUUCUAUUUAAAACUUUUAAUGUAAUUUAACAAUUUUUUGUCAGGCGAAAAGGGAUAUGCAUCAAUUUUAUUCGAGGAACUGCCUGGAAAAAUGGCUGAAAUAAAUUUUUAUUUGGAAAACAAAACUUUAUAUUUUCAGCAGAAUCUCAAGGACAUGCAGUGUGAUAUCAAGCCAAGAGCCAAGGAGUAGCCACAACAAUGCAUGUUAUUUAUUUUUGAGGGAUGAGCACACCUCUCGUUAAAAUUGAAAAUAUUUGAUUGAUUUGUUCAAUAUCAAUUAUCAUGUCUAUCUGCGAACCACCCCAUGAUAAAUAAUUUAUUUAGCUCCGAUCAUUUUCUUCAACUUUUGAGGAUUUUUCCAUGAUUUAGGUGUGAUGAAGUCAAAUAUUUUGUUUUAUCUUGGUCAUCUGGCUAAUAUUUCUUCUUGUGGCUAGUAAAAAUUACAAAGAAUAAAAAAAUCUCCAAAGUUAGGUGAGUAUUACGCACAUAAGAUUUAAACAUACGUGUGUGCAAGACUGAAAGGACGAAGCAUGAAAGAUUUUUUAAUGUAUGUUACUCAAUUUGUAUUAUUUAAGUGAAUAUAUAGUGUGAUGAUUAUAAACUGUUUUGCAUGCACCUAUAAACUGUAAAAAGUAAGUGGCGCAAGAUGAACUUAUCAAUUAACUGAAUUAAUAUUUUUGAGAAAAAUUAGGUCGCAUUUAUACUCUAUGGACUGAGGAUAGAAAUUUAGUUCAAGUGAAGAAUGCGAAAACCCAGUCUACGAUUAGGGCGGAUAUAAUCGCAAUGAUUAAUAGACACCAGUAAGCAUCGUCAUAGUCGUAUUGUAUUAUGUACAUGCUCCAAAAGAGGUAAUUCAAUAUACCAACAGUAUAAACGCGGCCUAACAUUAAAUCAUGUUUUCCGAUUCGAGUUAGGAUUCUCGAAAGAUCUGGUAAUUCGGUAUUCGUAGUUAUAGUUUUUUUUUGCUUUUACCAAAUAAUUAUUUACACAUGCAGAUGAAGAAUAUGGUCUGCAGUUCGCCAACGCUGAAGAAGAUCAACAAUUUAAUUGGUCGAUGUUCUUAAGGUAUUUCAUUAGUAUUUUAGUACAAACUAAUUAUUUUGGUAUUUUUGGUUUAUAUACAGGUAGUCCCUAAAUUAGACGUCAAAGUCGCAUUUUUUCCGCUCUAUAAUAGUGACAAAGUGGCAUACCGGAGUGUGAUUUUUAGGUAUUAACAACUCGACCCAAUAAAUUACUAUGUUUUUUCCGGUUCCAUAAACGCUGUCCAUAAUUUCGUUGUCGACUUUAGUGUUAAAAAUUAAGAACUAUUUUUUAGUUAAAAAUAUUGCGGUAUAUAUUAUAUUCUAGACUUAUUGGAAUUGUAGAAAACCAUCACGGAUUGCUUUUACUUCAGAUAUUGUGAAAUAUUUUUCCUAAUGAACGGUGACAAGUAAUCUCGUUUGAAUGAUUUUAUUAUACAAAACAAAAAUUUAUUUUGAAAAAUGAAGUCCGUGUCACUGUUAUCAAGGCGCAAAAAAAAUCUUGAUCCAAGAAUGAAUUAAUUCCGCGAGUGGCACUUGGGCGAUGAAUUCCUUGGGAAAAGAAAAUAAGGGAAUGUUUUUGUUACUUUAAGACUAAAUUAAACUUAAUUUAAUAACUAACGGGUUUGUUUACUUUACGUUUAUCUUAGUCUUGUCUUAGACAAAAAUUGCAUUUACACAAUUAUUCAAUUCAGGUUAAAUUUAAAAUACUUGGCAAUUUCAAUCCAUUAUUCAUAAUAAUUAAUUUAUGUAUUGAAAAAAAAAAACUUAACUUUGCAGCAAAAUCGCUCCUUUUUCAACUGAGCCUCACUUCCCGUCAACUACAGAUUUGAAAACUCCCCAACAGAGACUGAAAGCUAUCCAACCCUUUCCACAAAGGCUAAUAUCUUUUUGCGAUUUAGUACCCUUUUGACCAGUAUUUACAUAAUAUUCACAUGGAAUCACAAAAAAAAAAUCAAAAAUAGUUAAGUUUAGCAUCGAUUAACUCUUUUUUUGAGGAGUUUUCAAAGUUACCGAAAAAUGUAUAGAUGUACAAAGUUUUGUACUUGAUUUUGUUAUUUGUAAAACUUAAAAAUGCUGUUUAAAUUUUGAACAUGAAUAAGCCACCGGUUCUAUCAUCAAAAUAAAUAAUUGCGAUCAGUUACCCGAAUUUCUUUUUGACUUUUUAUAAUUGUUUUUAGAUUUGGUUGUCAAUAAUCGCCAUUUAAUCUGUUUCCUGAAUCCUGUCCUCUUUUUCCUUGAAAUCAAUUCUACCCUUUAAAUGAAAGAUCAUUGUUAUCUACGAACUAUUGUUAGCAAAGGAAAAAAAAUGAUACGUGACGUUGGUCCCUUCACAGGUGUUCAAAUGUACUUUCAGGUUAUCGGACAUGGCCGUUAUGGGAGACACUGUAUAAAGGAUGGUCGGAAUUAUGAUGGAGCGCAUUCACCAGAUAAAAAUAAGUAAAAAUGUUCAUGUAAACUGAUGUGUAAAAUGACACUUUCCGCAAGCUAGGUCGGCCCAUAAUUGGGUAUUGAAGAGAGUAAGUAGAAAAUAGUAUAUUAUGCAAUAAGUGUGGUAAACGGCACUUGAGUCACAAGUAUUUAAUAAACGAGUGACUUAAAAAGCUUACCGAACGUGCUGCAUACUAUACUUUUUCUACGUCCCUUAGUUUUUGGAUACAUUUUCGCAAACGUUGGAGGAAGUUCAUCAUCAGAAUCAAAAUCAUCUUCUCCUGCAUCUUUAUAACAGUUUGCAAUAGUGUUUUUGCUAACUUCCUUCCAAGCGCAGUGAAUACAAUUUACAGCAUCCAAUAAGCUCACUGAAAACGUUUGUCCAUCACAAAUUGCUUCUAUAAUCUUUAUGAGCACACUUUAGGGAAUGGAUUUUGCGUUGAUCCAUGGGCUGCAGUUUUGAACUGGUAUUGGCCGGGAAUAUUAUCUACUAGAAGAUUUUUUUUUCUUCAAUUCUGUAUCCCAUUGGAGCAGCUCAUCGGUUAAUAAGUCAGAUGUCAUCCACGUUUUGCUGUUUGACCUGUGCUUGACUGGUAGGGUCUUGUUAAAACAUCUUGGGUUUACUGCUUUGCCGAUAACAAACAGCUUUCUCUUUUCCGUCCCAGACAUGUUUUGCAGUAACCAGAAUUGUUAUUCGAACCUUGGACAAUUUACCACCUGCACAUCUUUCUCCUUGGAAUUCUGUCUUAUUAGGGGUUAGUUUGCAGAAAAGGACGGUCUCAUCGGCGUUAAAAAGAUUGUGCGGUGCCAUAAAUUUUGCAAAGAUCAUGUAUUUCAAAAAGUGUUCAUUAUACCGAGUGUUUGCAAUAAACUGGUUUGCUAUAUACGAACUCCACUGUAUUUUCUUAGCAAUAUUUCUACUCUCUGUAUCUCCAAAAUGAAGCGUUAUCCAUGAUAUCAUAGGUAACCAACAACCAUAAUGAAGCAUUUUAGGAUAUGUUUAUACGAUUUUUUUACGUUUACUUUAUUUUUAUUUAUUGAAUACGGUGUUAAAAUGUCUCUAUUAGAUAUAAUUUGGACCACCAUGAACAUACAAGAAUGAACUCGAACCAAAAACAUUUAUUCUGACUUCAUUCAUAUAAGUUUAUUCUUAGAUUUAACAUGAUUUAAUUCAGUAUCGUAUUUGUGUUCUUGUUUUGAGAAUAGCAUUUUAUUAUAUAUUAUUAGAUUUAGUGAAGAAUUGCCAUAUAUGUCAAUUACUGACGCAUGUGAAACGUGCACAUCUCUCUAUAAUUAGUCGUGGGAAAAAGUCUUGCAAUUUGAAAGAAAACCAUAUCGAACUCGUCGACAUAGCUCGAAAACAAACGACAAGGCCGAGAAAAAAAAAUGUCUUUUAUAACUAAUAUGUAUAAUUACUUUCACAUAUGUUGACGAUUUUGUGAUGUAAUUUCAAAUCAUUGUGUCCUACCUUUUCCUUUUCUUUUGAUGACGCAUGGGUUUUGAGGCGACGUCAUUGUAGUCCUUAUUUAUAGUGUUCCUUAAUCUUUCUUGCUGUAUUAAUACGAAUUGAUUACGACGUUUAAUUCACAUCUUCCCACAUUCAACAAAAAGUCGGUAGGGACGAUCGAUGUGAUUAUGACUGCACUAUGAUUGGAUAUUGAAAUGGAUUAAACGGGCAUGGCGGUCAACACGAAUAAGCCGAAUUUCUUAUCAUCCAGCAGAAAUAAUCGCCGCCCCGAUACAUGAAGAAGAGCUGCUAUGAACUUUGGAGGCAGCUAGAAGAUUUCAGCUGCAACAUCCAAACAUGUAGGAGGGUUUUACAUUCCUAGGAGAGAUUCCUUUGAGCGGUGAAAUAAGCACAUCUAUUAUUAAAAUCUAAUUUUUUUCUUUGUACUUGCCUUCAUUUAACUUAACCGCGAGAAAAAACAUGUUCUGCAGGUAUUCAACGAAAACGUGUUUGGUAAUUACAAACUAAUAUUGUUCGUUUCAAAAUACUUAACUUUAUAGUAGUAUUUAUUCUUUUUGUUUGGGAUUGCCAUGUGAGAACUACCGAGUAGCGAGAGCAUUUUACUGAUCACUGCGCACUUAUCUAUCUGUACCGGGUGAUAUAAGUGAGAAAAGUUUAACUCUAAAACGGUAGACGAAAUAUGAAUUUUAUUAUACUAAUAUGUCGUCGAAUGGUUGCACUUUUGGUUUGAACUGGAAUAACUUUAAUUUAGCAUACUUUACGCAUUAUACGUUUUGGUUAGUUGAUUUAAACGCUGAAAUUAUACCUGACUUAAUUUACCAAAAAUUAACAUACAUUGCCUAUUUUGAGUAGUUUUCUCUCGUUUUUUUUUUUGUUUGUAUAGUUUUCUAAAAAUAUCAAGUAGUAUUUCCUCAUUUGAGUAUGAUUAUGCAAUGUGUUUUGGGAUGUUAUUUUAAGUGCAAAUGCAAAAAUCUUAAUUCACUGUCUACUACAAAACAUAGAAAUGUAUCGUUUACCAAGAUUUUUGCUUUUCUGGAACCGGGGGCAAUCGACAAAGUUUGAACUAUCGUCCCUGGGGGUAUUAAGGCCCACAAAAUUAAUGCAAGAAAUAUUUAAUUAAAUAAACAUCGUGCUGGUAUUUUUAUUUAAAACAGUUCCCUUGUAAAAAACACAGAAAAAUAAAACGUUACAAAAUAUGAAACAGUUUUUCUUUAAAAAAUUAAAAAUUAAAUUAUUUCUGUAAUGGAAAAUAAGCAAAUAAACUACUCAUCAACUCCAGACAUGUAACAGGCGCCCGAUCAUCUUCAGAUAGCCCAUACAAUCGUCAUGCAUCCAAGAGAUACAGUUUCUACAUUGUCUCGUAUUUGCUACUCUGUUUUCACAGCAGAUAAGGCAAGACCAGUCCUCAUCUUGAACGACAUUUGCCGAGCUGCUACUACGUAAAGGCACAGGGAAUCUUUUUUAACUUCCCUGGAGGCUUUAGACUUUAAAUUUCCUGCUGGCUGACAGCUUAGGGUAGCAAAAGGUAAGUCAUCGAUCAUAUUGGAAUCUUCCGAACUUUCCAAAUUACGGUCUGCAUCAGGAUCUUCUGGACGAAUGGGCUUGGUUUUCAUUUCAACUUGCUUUCAUUGUUUGGAAGACCAACUGGGCCCAGGAAGAUGAUCUGAUUUGAAUGCCUUUUUUAGACGUUUCUCAUUUGAAAUCUAAAAAAAUAUAUUUCUUUCUGUUCAUUUGUUUCCGGUUGUUUGCGACCGGUGUUAUAUCGGGAUAGAAACUGUUUUCUUUCGAAGGAGUAACCUGAGUUAAAACAGCAAUAGGAACAUUAUUAUCUGAGUUAAAAACGUCAGGUUCAUGUUGAAUUCCUUUUUGCUGUGUGGGAAGACUUGGCCCAUAUGCAUGGUCAGGAAUUACACUUUUAUCAAAUGGGUAAAUCCCUGUCGCUCUCAAUUCAUUUGUAAUAUUAUCGAUGUUAAGACAUCUCCCCCAAACAGGCGUAAAAACUUCAGAACAUCUUUUUUUGUUCAUUUUCCUAUCUGGGAAUGUGUCGCAAUAGCGCAACAACUCUUCAUCCGAAAAAUGUCCGAAAGAACAGAUCACGCUUUUGUCGAGGUGUUGAUGUUCAUCUGUGGUAUUUGAAGGAAGGCAUAAUUAGUGAAUUUCCAGUUGGUCGAUAAAAUCAACAAUUGAAACGUUGAGAUGUGGCGCAGCACUGUCAAAUAUUAAGAGAACUGGCGGCUGAAUUAACUUGAAAAAAUUACUAAAAUAAUUAAUAAACAAGGUAGUGGUCAUGCUACCUUUUUGGGAGACAUUUUCACUUGGUAAUUCGUAAUUCGUCACUAAAAUUUGAUUUCAGCGUCUGCCCUUUAAACAAUAUCAUGGGUUGCGUUUGAGCAGAUAACAAUCUUACAAUUUUCAGCAUGUUCUGGAGCAACCGGAUGGAUUCGCUUGUUCCCUGUUUUGCCAAUGACUAUCUGUUGAUAAUGCAGGGUUAGUCUGCAUCCAUGUUAUCGGUUGAUGUUUGAAGCUAUGGUUUUCGAAAACAUUCUCAGGUUUUUCAAAAUAGUCCUUAACAAUGAAGGGAUUAAGCUUUGCCGCCCUUGCAGGAUUCAUUGACUGGGGCCUUCUGUUGAGACAAGGAAGGAUAUCGCUUCAUAACUGCUUUCACUUAAAGCAUUGUUUUUUCCCAUUGUCGAAACGGCUUGGUUUUCAACAUACUUGAAUAUGCUUCGCCGUAGCGCCUUUGGUGUCAAGGGCAAUCCUAUGUCAGAAUAUUUAAUGAUUUUCCGAACUAAAUCAGUUCACAUCAGGUCACAUUGCUAUGUUAAAUAAGGAAAUAAGAUUUACUGGCCUAGUAAUUGCAUUAAUGUGUAAACUAAAACUUGAUUUUGCUAUCAUUAUUAUCUGACUUGUUUUUUGAAAAAACGCUAAUGUUCAACCAUAAAUUUUUAUAGAUUCGACCGGACACAUGGCAAAACUUUGAAUACUAUCAGUCGAAAACUGUCAACCUUAAUUUGGGUAACAGAUCAACACAUAGAUGGGGAUAUAAUACUUAGAAAUUCUUUUUUAUUGUUAAUUGGGUGUACGGGUCUUAUUACCUGCGCGGGUCUUAUUACCCACAGGGACCUUAGAAAUAAUCGUUUGGCAAAAAAGUAAAAACUUCUAUCCGUGAUUUUUGGCUGACUCUCGUGACUUUACUAUAUAAUAAUUAUUGUUAUUAUUAACUUUUAUUUAAGUAAAGAAUCGUUUAGUUUUAAUAUUCCAACUCGGAAUUUAAUGUCAUAUAUCCUUACAUUCUCAUAACAUGAUAUGAAUAUUUUCCAAUAGAAAUUUGAUCACUAUUAAUUGGCUUUUUUUUUAGUUAGAAGUUAUCUCUUUUGUUUCAGUUAUUUUUUUAAAGGUUGAAUUUAUGAUUAAUUGGAAAUUAAAGGUCAAAUAAAAACUGCAUUUCAUCACCGCAACUCGUUCUCUUCUACGCAACGUUCAGUAUUAAUAUUUUAAAGGGUAGGUAGGUAUGAGAGUUAUGUCGAUUGAACGGAGACACUCUAAGGAUUUUUACUGAGAGAUUCUCCUAUAUCGGUUGAAUCGAUAAUUGAAACCGUCGUACACGCCUAUCCUGUAACGAUUAAUUGAUUUGGAAUACUCUAUUUCUCUCAUGUGCUAUCCUUGAAACCUACACGCUAAGUUUCGGUAAGGUAUAUAUAGAACUCAUAAGAGUACCAGCCCAACUUGUUAGCUUGUUAAAUAAAUAGAGUACACAUUAAAAAGUGAUCAACGUUAACUGAACACGAAAUGCCCAGAAUCACGAAAACAUUUCUAAAGAAACCUGAUAUAUCGAAACAAAUUGUUGUAAUGAUUUAUACAAUAAUUGUAACUUAUCCAUUCAGCGGUGAUUUCUGCUGAAAAUAAUUUGUAUAUACUUAACCAGUACUGCGCAGAUCAUAUGAGAUAUGAGAAUUAAACUGUAGGCGAAAACAACUCUUUAUGGAGCACCAUUAAAAUUAUUGGAACUUGAGUCUAGCGUUUUAGAUUUAAUCCCCCGAAUAAAUGAACAAAUUGAAGGUUAAAGAGAAGAAACUUCUCGGCGGAGUUCCCACUGGUUCGGAAAAUUUGAAAAAUAAAUUUAAGGUUGGCCUGGAAUAUCUGUAGGUUGAGUAAACACUAUGAAAUACUCGGCGUGGGUUCUCACCAUCCUGAAAAAGUCAAGACAUUCCUAAAACGUCUGCGAGUUAUCUAAUUCAGUGUUUUAAUGAUUUCGAAGAAACGUUACAAAUUACUAAGUUGGAUGUAUAGAAUAAAAGUACUUUUUAAACUACCACAAAUAAGGUUUUCAUUUCGUCAUAGUGAAUAGUUUGAGAAUAAGAGUUCGGCAGAAUCAAAUAUAUAUUUGUUUAGUUAAUUAAUUUCAUAAAAAUAAUUUUUAAAUAAAUAAAACAUCCGUGUAAUUUGUCUCAACACACUUAAAUUUUUCAAAACUUACAAACAAAAAUGUAUUCUUCGCGUGAGAUUUGAUGACAGUUAUUCAUUGAACAUUGGCAUUAUUUAUUUUAACCUGAAUUUUUCCAACACUGAUGAAUUUGUGGAAAUAAUAAUAAUUGUAAGAAUUGAAGUUGGCAAUAUUUAAAUUUGCUAUAAUGUAUUUUUUCUAAU